CUUAACCUAUCAAAAUGAUGUCCUACAUCGCACUCGCCGCGUGCAUUGGACUCGCAAUGGCUGCCAACGUGGACCACGACGUGAAAAGUGCAGUGAAUGAGGUCACCACUACAAAGGACGGAGACACAUAUUGCCCGGUACCAUUGGUCGGAACCAAAUGCGGAACCUCUAGCAUCUUCCACUACUGGAAAUGCUGUGGAGAACUCAACAAGGAAUGCUGCUUUAACCUCCAGACAUGGGUCUGGGUAACCCUCGCCUUGUUCGGAGUCAUCUUCAUCGCCUCCUUCGUCAUCUCCCUUGUCCGUUGCAUCUGCUGCCGCAAGUAGAAAAAUCGAUAUGUACACCUCCAACCAAUUUAGUUUUAAUUUCCCGAUACUCGAUUUAUUCCCAUUUUAAGCUCCGCCCACAUUUUUUAAAAUUAUAUACUUUGGCUCAAUUUUUUUUUUGUUUUAUAUUUUUAGAAUCGAUUUUUCAAAAUCUUUCGCCCCCCUUCCGUUUCGCAUAAUUCCCUCGGUCACAAAAUAUUGCAUUUAUAUAAAAUUUGCUAACAAAAAGCUUUCCAAACAUGUACUUUUUCCACAAUACCUUUUAUCGAAUUUUCUGUAUUAAUUGCUAUUUUUUUAUGAAAUAAAAUUCUGAAAAUACA